AUGGCAGACGAAGGCGCUUCCCCCCGUGAACUUGUCGUCGAGGCAUGCCGCCGCGAUCAGCCUCAUUUGAUAGAACAGGUUCUGGAAACCAUGGAGGGGAAGUCAAAUGAGGAGGUGGCCGCUUUCUUCAACGGUGUGACGGAUUCGAUGGGGAACCACGCCCUCCACAUAUGUGCUACGUAUGGAAGCUACGAUACCAUGGACUCCCUCUUCGAUGUCCAGUUCUUCGAAUGUGACCCCCUCACCCGCCUUGACAAAGAUACCCCGCUCCACACCGCAGUGCGCUACACCAACGAUAAGGACGCCGAACUAGGCACGGAGAUGAUCCGGAUGAUGUGCGAUGCCGGCUGCGACCCGCGUGUCAGGAAUAAGCACGGCCAGAAGCCUGCCGACCUGGUGUACAACAACCAGGAGGUCAAGUCGAUUCUACAGCAGGCCGAAUACAUCAUGGCCGAGGGGCUAAGAGAGGAUGCGGACAACGGAUCGGUCCACGACAGCGCUAGUGACAGCGAGUAG